UUUAGGAAGUGCGAUGUAAAAUAUGCAAAUGUUUGCUACUUACUGCAUGGACAUUACGUUCUAACCGACGAUUCUCGCGAGGGAUUUCGGGCACAGCGUUAGCACUGUCCGAUAUAUUUUUAGUGGGCUGUAUCGAUUAGUUCAACUUCUUUUCCUGGUGUAACAGAAACAAUAUCAUUGUGAUAAUGGGUGAGCCAGUAGCGAAGCGCUGCAAGACAGAUAACGAAACAAAUGGCGAUAACUCGAAGGUGGGUGACUAUGAUGCUGCCACACAGAAAAUUCUGGAGCAAAUUGAUCAAGUGCAAAGUGAAAUAGAUUCACUAAAUGAGAAAGCAAGCGAGGAAAUAUUGAAGGUUGAACAGAAGUAUAACUCUCUUCGAAAGCCAUUUUUCGACAAACGCAACGACCUUGUUCGCGACAUUCCUAAUUUUUGGGUCACUGCAUUUGUCAACCAUCCAAAUAUCAGUGCGAUAUUAGACGAAGAAGAAGAAGAAUGUUUACAUUAUCUUACUACAGUUGAGGUGGAAGAGUUUGAUGACAUCAAGUCUGGAUAUAGGAUUAAAUUGACAUUUGAUGAGAAUCCGUUCUUUGAAAAUACUCAGCUUGUCAAGGAGUUCUUCCUCGGUGAUUUUGAACCGACAAGUACCACGACUGUCAUCAAAUGGAAGCCAGACAAUGAUCUCCUGAAUAAAGUGAAAACCAAGGGUCAGAGUGGCGGUGAUGUAACGUCAACGCCACGUUCAUUUUUCGCUUGGCUAUCAGAUAAUCAGGAUCCAAGUAACGACGAAAUUGCAGAAUUAAUUAAAGACGACCUUUGGCCGAACCCGUUGCAAUACUUUUUGGUGCCAGAAAUGGAUGAAAAUGCCGGGGUUUCCGGCGAUGAUGAUAAUUUUGAUGAUAUUUUCGAGGAAGCCGAUGAUGCUGGCGAAGAUAACGAGGACUGAAUGGAAUUAGCUUCGGACCCUGUUGGUGAAAGCUGUUUGUGCGCACAAUGAAGCGCAUAAAUUCUAGUGGUUUUAUUGGUCAACGUUUUGUUUGCCAGUAAGUAGUGGUAAAUCGCAUCUGGGUAAUAGUAGCGCACUAUGUUUUCCGUAAUUUUCUCACAAGGUAGUAGCUGGGUUUCUUUUUCUCUGAAAUAUGCCUAGAUUUAGUUUUUGAAUAUUUAACCUAGCUCGUUCAUCAAGUAGAUGUAUUCUGACUUCACUGUUUUUCUUCCCACUCUUAUUAUUCAAAUGGUGCGCUAUUUCGAGUUCGAUUGGUUGAUCUAAUCUUGUUUGUAUAAGAGCCUGAAAGUAUGAAUGCUUGUGUGUUAUAGCUAUAUUUGAUGAAAAUCAAUGUGUGUAAGUAAGCGUGCGUUUUGAUGUACGCUUGUGUGCAUACACGUGUAUGUGUAUGUUUAUGUGGUAUGUGUGUGUAUGUGCGUGCGAGUGUAUGUGUGUUUGUGUGUUGUGCGUACUUGUAUGUGUGUGUGCGUAUGUGUAUAUGGUAUUCGCGCAUUUAAACAUUUUGAUAAAGUUUUCUUUCUAUUUUUUAUGCGCACAUUUCUAUCCAGAUCAUAUGUCGUCAUUUUGGUCACUUUACAUUUGUUUUCUAAGUUAACAGUAACUGACUAUGUGUUUGUCGUUUCACGUUCGCAUCUCAGACAUUGGUUUUAAUGUAGCAUGAAAUUUCAGAGUUUUCUGGCAUAAAGUACUUUACAAGCUUACACGUCUUGGCUGCAAAAAACCAAACAUUUACUGAAAAUUUCCAAAGAAUGCCUGAGAAAGCGUGAGACGUCGUAAGUGUCGUUAAUGGAGAACCAGCACGCUGUUCAUCUAGGGUAAAAGAAUUGUAUUUAUUCGUCUGCUACUGCAGCGUUUAAAAAUUCAUUAAUAUUUGCAAUUUCAGUUUUUUCUAGACUAAAAUUGUACAGUAUUCAAUGAAAGCGUGUCUGGAGUUGGUUUGCAGUAAAAAAAUUAUUUUUGAUAAGUUCACGGUGAUAUUGAACUGGACCCGAAAUUUCGUUAUCGGGGAUAUACUCAGUUGGUAUGGAUCAUGCAUAAUCUGCUGUUAUAGUUUUAUGUAAUCUGUAUUAGUAUAUAUCAAGUGGGUCCAUAAUACUUUGUAACCUCUGACUUCGUUUUUCAACGAAUCGUAUGUUCUAAAUUUUUUGCAGAAAGUAAUUAACACGGAACUAUUGUACAUUUGUUUUGUUUGCUAAAUCUAUCAACAUUUUUUGUCUAUUCGAUGUGUCGCUACUACCAAGCACUGCUUUUUUCCCGCGCGCUUGGAAAAUUGUUCUCAUCCUCGAACAUUUUUUAUAUAAUGUGUGGAAUAUUGUUGCUGUUCACAUGUUUUAGCCAUAAAUACGAAAAUUUUUAAGUCUGAAUUAUGAACUCUUGCAUAUUAGAGAAGAAACAGCAUUCUACGUUUCCGAUAAAUCUAUGCAGCAUUAAUUACUCCGUUCUUACGCUUGAUUUCCA